AGGAAACGUCCGGAGCCGCCUGGGGCCAUGGACGGCGCCGCCAUGGACGGGGCUGCCAUGGAGGGACCACUCUUCGUGCAGAGUCAGCGCUUCGGGGCCAAGAAGUGGAAGAAGACCUGGGCUGUCUUGUACCCGUCCAGUCCGAAUGGAGUGGCCCGGCUUGAGUUCUUUGAGCACAAAGGGUCAGGCUCUGGAAGCGGGCGGGGAGGCUCUCGCCGCCUAGACUGCCGAGUGAUUCGCUUGUCGGAUUGUGUGAGUGUGGCCCCUGUGGCCUUGGACAGCCCCCCAGGACCUGGCACAUCGGUCUUUCGAGUGGACACUGCUCAGCGCUCCCACCUCCUGGCAGCUGAGGGCCCUGCCAGUGUGGCCUGGGUGCAAAUACUCUGCCAGACUGCCUUUCCGAAAGGCUGCUGGUCUCUGGCUCCAGGAGAAAGCUCUUCUGGGCCCUCUUCAAUGGAGAUGCAGGAGAACUCUCUGUACAGCCCCCAUGGGCAAGGGUCUGAGUUCUGGGUGACUGUACAGAAAACAGAGGCAUCUGAGCAUUGUGGGUUGCAGGGACACUACGUGCUCAGGGUGGAGGCCAAUGGUCUGAGUCUCCUGGCACUGGGGGGGCAGGGUCAGAAGAAGGAGCCCCUGCUCUCCUGGCCCUACACUCUUCUCCGUCGCUAUGGCCGGGAUCGGGCCAUGUUCUCCUUCGAGGCUGGACGGAGGUGUCCCUCAGGCCCUGGAACCUUCACUUUCCAGACCUCCCAAGGGAAUGACAUUUUUCAGGCUGUGGAGGCUGCCAUCCAAAGGCAAAAGGCUCAAGCUGGCAUUGUUUCUGGAGCCAGCCCAGGCCUGGAUCAGCAGAGCCCUGGCUUGUCAGAGGUGGGGAUGGCAGGGGCUGCCUCCCAUGGCCUUGAAGAUCCCCAUGCCGAUGGCCCUGCCCUCUACUCAGAGCCUUUGGAUGCCCUUCGCUCACUGCCUGACUCCUCCUCAGACCCCUUGUACUCAGAUCCUGUGGACAGUUCAGGCCAGAAGACAGGACAUGGGGCUGGUGUAAGCUCCCCCCUCUACUGGGGCUUGUUUGAACAGGUGCAGCAACAGCUUAAAGAUACAAAGCUGGGAGGAGCCAAGAAGGAGCCCAUUUAUGAUGAGCCUGAAGGCCAGAGCCCAGCCCCACCUCCCGGCCUUUAUGACAAGCCCCAAGAGCCCAGGGAUGCCUGGUGCCAGCGAGCUCGGGUGCAAGAGGAGGGUUACGAGCUCCCCUAUAACCCUGCCACAGACGACUAUGCUGUGCCCCCUCCACGGAAUCUCAAGCCCAUUCCGCCCCCCAAACCCCAAAUGCUCCCCAGGUCCAACAGCCCCAGCAGCCUUGCACUCCCGGUAUACAGCCGGGUACAAAAGGGUGCUGCCAAGGGAUGGGGCCAGGGGAUGCCUGAAGGGGGAUCUCAACCCAGGACUGGGAUGAAAUCAGAUGGACCAAUGUAAAGACCUAGGUGGGGCUUGGAGGGCCUAAAGGGGUGCUAAAAGGACAUCUGUAUGAACUGGGGAGAUUGGUGAUCCCUUGGGAGAGAGGGGAGGCCUGUUUGGGACCAGGUGGUGUCAAUGAAUCAAGGUCCAGGCCUCAGAAAAGCAAUGGGUCAGGAUUCCAGGGGAUUAGGAAAGGACCAGACCUUGUGACCAAGUAACAGGUCUUGUGUCCAAGUGACAAGACCUGGAAUAGGUCAGGGUCCAGGGAAGGAGUCCUGUGUUGGGGCUGAACCCUGGCCAGAACAAGGGACUUUGGGCAAUCCUGCUGUGACUCCUGACUAGUUGUUGGGUUUCUGGGGGUGGGGUGGGUCUGGAAUGAGUCUAAGUUCCCAACCCUGAGCUGCUCUGUGCCAUGGACACUUAAACUCAUUAAAAUCACUUGGGGCCAAA